AUGGAUGAUAACCCUCGAAUAUCAUCAUCCCUUCAGCCGAUGGUACCGGAGACUGGUACCAUCGAGACCUCUCCCACCUGCGUCCACCAGGGGAAAGAUCUCGACCUCAUGAAGCGCGAUGAGCAGACCCCAAUCAAUGACGAUGCAGGUUUCAACAGCGUAGAAGGCUUUAACAAAGUCUUCUACCAUACUGGCCUAACCGGUCGCUUAUUGCUGGCAGUCAUUAUCCUCUCUCUCGGUCUCACCAUGUUUGUCUAUGCCAUGGAUGAGGGGGUUACCCAACAAUUUACUCUGAUUGCGGCCUCCUCCUUCAGCAUGCACGCCCAGCUUGGCGCGGUGAACACCGCCAGUACGGUGAUUAAUGGUAUCGCUAAGCCCGUGAUUGGCAAGCUGGCCGACGUCCUGUCGCGUCCGACCAGCUACAUCAUCUCUCUCGUAUUCUAUGUGAUCGGAUACGCUGUGGCGGCCAGCUGCACGAACUUUGUCGCCUACACCGUUGGCGUUGCCCUCACUGCGGUUGGCAAGGCGGGCCUCAACAUCCUCUGCCAAAUCAUUGUGGGGGACUUGACGACCCUACAGUGGCGUGGCUUCUGGACCAGCAUGAUCAUCGCUCCCUACCUCGUGACGACUUUCACCAAUGGUUUCAUCGUGGAUGCAUUUGUGCCAGAGCAGUGGAGAUGGGGUCUGGGCAUGUUCGCUAUUAUGGUCCCGGUUCUGCUCAUCCCAGCGAUCAUCGCAUUAUACGGGACGCAGCAGAGAGCUCGCAGAAUGAGACGAAUGGAGAGUGGUCCGCCCGAGAAAAGACAAGUGAGCACGCUGCAGACUGCCUGGCAAUGUGUGGUUGCAAUCGAUAUUCCCGGCCUUGUGUUGCUCGGGUUCUCCUUCUCGCUCAUUCUUCUCCCUCUAUCACUCGCCGAGGCUGCCGAGAGCGGCUGGAAAAACUGCAGCAUGAUUGCCAUGGAAGUUGCUGGCUUCGUCACUCUCGCACUGUUUGUUGCCUUUGAGAUUUACAUCGCGCCGAGGCCGAUUAUGACGAAGCGCAUCAUCGCCAACAAAGUCUUCCUGGCUGCCCUGGGCGCUAACCUUUUCGACCAAAUGACGACCACACUCGGAAGCAACUACUUCUCAUCGUACAUUUAUAUCAUCAAAGACUGGGACAACUACACUUGGACGGUCUUCACCGGCGCCCGGAACCUUGCCAUCACUGUCUUUAGCCUGGUGGGCGGUUUCCUCCAGGUCCGAUACCACCGUUAUCGAACCCAGAUGAUUGUUGGAGCCGUGCUGAAGGUCGUGGGCUACACGGCCUGUCUCACAAGCCACCAGCGCAGUACACAAAGCACAGCUGCGCUCGCCAUCUCACAAGUCCUCCUGGGCACCAGCGCUUUGACUGCCCUUGGGUCCCGAAUCGGAGCCAUGGCCUCGGUUCCUCAUGAUGACAUGGCAUCGAUCAUCGCGGCCUAUUUCCUUUGGACGUACCUCGGUAGUGCCGCUGGGUAUGCCAUUGCCUCCGCGAUCUGGACGGAUCGGAUGCUGGGGUUCAUGCGCCAGGAACUGCCGGACACACCAGACCGUACGCUCCAGGAAAUCUAUAGUUCAGUGAGUAUUCUUCACACCCAGUAUGCCCUGGACGAUCCCAUUCGGGAGGGGGCAAUCCGAGCGUAUGCGCGUACCAACGGCAUCAUUUUCAUUGUCGCCGCCGCCAUCUCGACGCUCUCUAUCAUCUGCUCUUUUCUGAUGCCUGGUAAUAUUGUCCUGGUCUUCCAUCAUUCCCCAGACGGUAUGCAUGCUGACAUCUCCCAUUCUGUAGAUUAUUAUCUUGGCAAGCAGCAGAACGCCGUGACCAAUGUAGGGCUCGAUGGCAAACCAGUCGAACUCCCGACUCGUGGGAAGGAGGAAGGACGCUUCUGGGCUCGGCUUAAGUCUAUUUACUGUCAAGAGACGUAG